GCCGGGGUUUACCUAAGCUGGGGUCCAGAUCACCGAUUCAUUCAUUCACUCAUUUAUUCGCUCACACAUUCAGUCAUUCACAUACUCAGUCGCCUACUAAUUCACUCAUUUACGUAGCCAUGUACUCAUUGUGUGCACUUAUUCGCUCACACAUUCAGUUAUGCACGUACUCAGUCACGUACUAAUUCACUCAUUUACGUAGCCAUGUACUCAUUGUAUGCACUCAUUCAUUCACUCAUUCAGUCAUUUACAUACUCAGUCACGUACUAAUUCACUCAUUUACGUAGCCAUGUUCUCAUUGUAUGCACUUAUUCAUUCACUCAUUCAGUCAUUCACAUACUCAGUCACGUACUAAUUCACUCACUCAUUUACGUAGCCAUGUACUCAUUGUAUGCACUCAUUCAUUCAGUCAUUCACAUACUCAGUCACGUACUAAUUCACUCACUCAUUUACGUUGCCAUGUACUCAUUGUAUGCACUUAUUAACGUAACUACUCGUUCACUCAUUCAUCCGCGCGAGGGUCGCCGCCACCCUUCCCGUGGAGCCAACCCGGGAUGUGCUCCUCGGUCGACAACUCGGCCCAGCAUCAAACAUUACUCAGCCGUCUACUGUCUGAAUGAAGUUCAACGCAAUCGCGAUUCCCAGAUCUGGGUAAAGAUCAAGUCGUGCCAGCACACCCAACGCAAACGGAAUGCCAUUUCACGGACUUUGCGGUUGACACCCGGGCAUGUGGCGACCCUACUCCGCUACUCACGAGUCCACCUCCAUCCCUUAAUGAGCACGGUGGACUCAGCGGCCUUGUAAACGUUGCACCAACGUUGGUGCAACGUUGUUCCAACGGUUCCAAGCCCGUGCCAACGUUGGACCUAACGUCGCCGUGUCCGCCAGUUGUAGAGCUAAUCGGAAAGUUACGAAUUCAAAUCCCGGUUGAGAGGAUUGGCUCGGCCCCAUCAUCACCCCGUGCCCUUAUAAAUCUCACGUCCAUCCUACAAAGUCCCAUCAUCACAAGGGAGACACACAAACAAAUAGACAAUUAAUGUUUUGUUGCCCGUAUUGAAACGGCUGUACGCCGUAUAGACCUGAAGAAUACGGGGUAAACCGCGUGGGUUCAGAGGUUUGAUAUUGCAGCGACGUGAACCGCCGUUGUCUCACGGGGAGACUCGCUCCUGCCAUAGUGACGUGGAUUUCCCACCACUGGCUCAGAGUUGUUAACAGGAGAGCACCAAUGUCUCAGUGGCAGUACUCAUUUGUGGAGGAAGUCGCCGCUGACUGAAUGGCUUAAUGAGCACUGCCUGAAUUACAACUGCAAAUGUGCACGGCGAUCAAUUUACAGAUACCCCACCGAUUUCCAACGACCUCAACAGGUGAUUGAACGCUGUGAAAGUGGUGGCUCCAAUUUCUCACGGAGGACGUUGCGCGCGUGUUGAGGUUGGCAGAGGCUCUGAGAUAGCACGCUGUUUUUCUCGACAGUAAUUUAUCAAAAUAGAAAACGUUGUACCCCGUGAGUGCAGAGCCGAGGAUGGAAUUUAUUGAGGAAGAACAAUGAACGGGAAGGGGAAGGGAGUAGAGGAAUGGGGAACGAGAGGAAAAGGAUGUUAAAGGAAUUUAAAAACGGGACCAAGGAGCCAGGAGAGACGAGGAUCGGAAGGAAGAGGCUGCAUCCGCACGUCCGAUUAGCACGGUGCGAAAAAAAGUUCAACAUCAGGGCCUCGAUGCUUCAUGGAGCGUCGUCUGUUUUCACAGCGGGCGGCGGGGAGAGGGCAGGGAUUGAGACUGGGAGUGGCCACACAAGUUGUCACGUGGUUCACAGGAGGCCUGCAGCUGAUGUGGAUACUGUGUUACCGUCUGUGCCCCCGCAGAGCGCGCCCCCCUUCAAGGCGGCGAUCAACGAGGCCUGCGACCGCAUCAAAGAGGAGUUCCAGUUCCUGCAGGCGCAGUACCACAGUCUCAAGCUCGAAUGCGAGAAGCUCAGCAAUGAGAAGACGGAGAUUCAGAGGCACUACGUGAUGUACUACGAGAUGUCCUACGGCCUCAACAUCGAAAUGCACAAGCAGAUGGAGAUCGUGAAAAGGCUCAACGCGAUAUGUGCGCAGAUAAUGCCGUUCCUCGCUCCAGAACACCAGCAGCAGGUGCUGCAGGCGGUGGACAGGGCCAAGCAAGUGACCAUGGCGGAGCUGAACACCGCCAUCGGACACCAGCAGCUGCAGGCGCAGCACCUGGUCCACGCCCACGGCGCCAUCGCUCUCCCGCAGCACCACGCCUCGCCGCUGCCGCCCCCGGCGUUGCCCACGCCGCCCGCCGGCGCCGCCCUCGUCGGCGCCAACGGUACCGGAAGUGGCGGCGGCGGCGGAGGUGGACUGAUGGUGCUGUCGGGCCCGCUAGGAGCCUCGUUGUUGCACCAGCUACCUGCCGACAAGGGCCACCAUGGCCUCCUGCAGGGACAGCUCCACCUACAGCAGCAGCACCACCACCAGCAGCAGCAACAGCAAGGAGAGCGUGGCCAGCGAGGCGACGGCGACCGAGAGAUGCGCGUGAGCAAAUCCAUCUCGCCGUCGGGCAGUCUGAGGGACGCGGAGAAGUUUCGGCUCUCGGCCAACUACGGCGGCGAGGCCAAGAAGCACCGCGUGGAUGUCAAGGACCCGGCAGCCAACCACUAUGACAGCGACGCGGCCAGGAGUGACGACAACCUCGUGGUGGACAUCUCUAACGAGGAGGCUUCCUCUCCCCGGGUGGGGAGCCCGGGACCCGGCGGCAUCGGCGUCAGCGUGGCACCACCGCAGGAGAACGGUCUCGAUCGGCUUCCCGGGGGCCGGAAGGAGGGGGGCGGCGGUGGCAGCGGUGGCGGCGGGGGGCCCCCCCAAAGCCCCGCUUCGGUGGCAUCCAGCAGCAGCACCCCCUCGUCACGCUGCAAAGAUGCUGGCCAGGUGGAGAAGGCCAUCACGCCGGUGUCGGUGCUGGGCGACUCCCUUGGGGUCGCCGGCACCGGCGGAGGAGGUGCUGUCAGCUUGAGGCCUCUCCUGGGGAAACCGCCUGGCGCCAUCCCCCUCGCUGGCUGCGGCUUCCGGGUUCCCCUGGCGGGCGGAGGCGCGGGGGGGGGCGGCCCCCCCUUCGUCGGGGGCGGUGGCGUCGGCGCCCCCUUCGGGAUUGCUCCCCACCCGGGCGCCAACGGGGAGACGAGCGCGCCGGGGCCCGGCCGUUAUGGACCUCCCGGCGUCCAUCUACACGGCCUCGCCCCACACGCGAGCGCCCUCGCCGCCGCCGCCACGGCCGCCACCUACGGCCGCUCGCCCGUGAUGGAGUUUGAUCCGCACGCACACAUGAGGGUCCACGCGGCGGCCACCCCGGGCCUCACUGCUGGCCUUGCCACCAAGCCGGCCUACUCAUUCCACGUAAGCGCCGAUGGGCAGAUGCAGCCGGUGGCGUUCUCCGGGGACGCGCUGGCGGGCCCCGGCGUGCCACGGCGCGUGCGGCUCGUGAGCGCCCUGCCGCACGGCGAGGUGGUGUGCGCCGUCACCAUCAGCAGCGCCGCACGCAGCGUCUUCACCGGCGGCAAGGGCUGCGUUAAGAUCUGGGACGUGGCCCAGCAGCAGCAGCAGCAGCACCACGGGGGCAAGGCAGCGCCCGUGUCGCAGCUCGACUGCCUGAACCGCGACAACUACAUCCGCUCAUGCAAGCUGCUGCCGGACGGGCGCACACUGAUCGUGGGCGGCGAGGCGAGCACCAUCUCCAUCUGGGACCUGGCGGCGCCGACGCCGCGCAUCAAGGCGGAGCUCACGUCGUCGGCGCCUGCGUGCUACGCGCUCGCCAUCAGCCCCGACUCCAAGGUGUGCUUCUCCUGCUGCAGCGACGGCAACGUCGCCGUGUGGGACCUGCACAACCAGACGCUUGUCAGGCAGUUCCAGGGCCACACGGAUGGCGCCAGCUGCAUCGACAUCUCGCACGACGGCGCCAAGCUGUGGACGGGCGGCCUGGACAACACGGUGCGAUCUUGGGACCUGCGCGAGGGACGGCAGCUGCAGCAGCACGACUUCACCUCGCAGAUCUUCUCGCUGGGCUACUGCCCGACGGGCGAGUGGCUGGCCGUGGGCAUGGAGAGCAGCAGCGUGGAGGUGCUGCACAACAGCAAGCCUGACAAGUACCAGCUGCACCUGCACGAGAGCUGCGUGCUGUCUCUCAAGUUCGCCCACUGCGACGACAACCCAUGAAGACUUCGUCGGAUGAAGGGGAUGAAGAGGGGAUCAUUCCCCAGACAGCCCAUGCUGUUGCAGCCCCAGAGAAAGAGAGCGAGGCGGUGCUGCCGGCGGAGCAGCGACAAGAGUUUUACGCCACAGCCUUUCCGCAAUCGGGGAGAGACCGCGGGGCGUGCCGCACCCGCCUCGCCGAGCUGCUGGCUGCCGUGGCAGUGUUGGUCUCUGAGCUGGGCCACGACGAGCCGCCGCCAGAGACCGGAGUGCCAGAGCUUAGAGGGGUCAACGCCGCAGCCGCCAUUUCCCACGCGCGGGAAUCUUCGGACGAGCAGCCCGCGCGCACCGCCGCCAUUUGGCGAUCGGGUGGGAAGAUCUUCCCACCGUCUCCGAAUCUCCACAACUGCCGACUAUUGCGGUUCCACCUCUCCGGCGAUGACUCCCAUUCAUCAAAGAGUUUAUGGCGUCGGAUGGCGACAGGGAAGCGUUCAGGAGGCGCGUCAUGGCGAACUGUGAGUUGGCGGGUUGGACGGCGGUGGAGGCGCUCCGUGCUCUCCCCACUGCACUAGAUGACAAUGCCUUGGCGGCAGUCUACGUCAUUCCCUCCGCCGACAGGGACACGUUGCCGCGGGCCUUCAUGCAGAUGGCAGCGAUUUUUGAUCCAUCAUCCAACGUUCGUCAGAAAUUUGCCGCGCGGACUCUAGGGGAAUCAGAGACGCAUCUCGCGUUCCGCAGCGCUUUGCUAUUAUUGGCACAGGCGGCAUUUCCAAAAAUGGAACAGGAUGGGUUGGACUCCCUAGUUCUGGAGCGCUUGCUGGCAUGUUGUUCUGCAGGCUACAGAGGAUGUAAAUUUAUCUUCUCUUUAUAUCGCACCGAUGCCUCCAAGCACAUUUUAUUCUUCAACGCCGAGCGGGGGUGGCGGCGUGCACCGGUUCUUUCUUUGCUCCGGAUGCACCCGAAGAUGUGGAAGAUUCUCAAGUAUGCACGUCGAGCAACGACGACCGAUGGAGGAAGGUCGACGCGGGGCGACGAGGAGGGCGAGACCAGCGGAGAGGGACCUUCUCUCGCCCGAGGAGCAGCCCCGUCAUCUGCUUCGACUGCGGCCUGCCGGAGCACAUCGUGAAGGGAUGCCGCGCUGUGCGAGGAGGACUCCCUGGACCACCAUCGUCCUCCACCUGGUUGUCCUCUUCUCUACCGGGCCUCCAG